AUGAUUGAGUAUAAAGAAGAGCCUGUUGAUGAUCUAAGUCAAGAGUUUCUUGAGUUCUACUUAACUGUUUCAUCUGUUGAUGCUCAUUUUGUUCUUAUGAUAACGAGACAAAAGAGUUAUUCAGAAUGUUGUAGAAAUGAAUUGGUUGUGAUUUGUUUGCCGUACUUUAUAACUAUUAAUAUAGAUGCCGAAACCAAAUAUACUGUAAAUAUGAGUUACGCCUAUAAUUCUUUGUCUCCAGCUUCCACUAUGGAUUUUUCAUCAGAUUCCCAAAUAAAAAACAGCGUUAUUUUGACUAACCAGGGCCAUGUUAAGGACGAAGACAUUGAGAAUGAAGAUGUUGAAGAAGAUGAGCAAGAGGAAGGGGAAAAUCAUAGCGAUUAUUAUGAUAACCACCGUUCUGCAAUUAAUGAGCCAUGGUAUAUACGGAAGUCAGAGAUAGGUGAAGAAACUGAAGAAUUAGGGCUUGGAUUAGAACUUUUACCUGACGAUGCUUAUGAACCAGUCGUUGAUGGUUAG